UACACAGGUUUCAUGUCCAAUGUGCCGCGCGCGUGAUAAGGCUGGGAACGAGCGACGGGAUAGUGAAAUAUUCAAAGCGAUACUCGGCGAUUUCAAAGAACAGAUUGGAACUGACGAUGUUGCAAAGGAUAAGCUUGUGGAGGAGUUAAGACAUGCGUUGAUCGCUGAUCAAGACGUAUUGGAGCAAAAGCAGUUCGUUUUGGACGAGAAGGAGAUAGAAAUACUCGCAAAAGACGAAGCUAUUGCUCGACUGGAAACGGAAAAUGCUGACUUGAUCAAAAAAUAUGAAUUAAUCAUAGCUGAUUCCAAUGGUCAAAUAACCUAUUUUAAACAAAAAGGUAUGACCCGCCGUGAUUGUAUGUCAUAG